AUGAAGACAUUGAUUCGCCAGACUCAAGCCAAAACUGAAGCAUGUGGAUUUCGGUGGGAGAAGGCAAAAGCUGAGAUGUGGCCUAUGUGUCAAGACCCCGCCCCACGGACGGUAGUGGUGUCCCAACUUUCAAGGUGCCAAACACAAAGGUGGGCCAAUGGUAUAGAAGUAGAGGCCCAAAAGUCCCACCGGUACCUUUGA